AUGCACGGGUUUGGAUAUUCGCUGUGCUUUGGAGUGAUGAUCGCUAAAGCGACUCAACUGCGCAACGCUGAAACACUCGGAUUCGGCAAUGUGGUUCAUAUAUCGUUCUGGAACUACUGGCUGUUAUUGUUUUUCAUCAUCGGGGUCCAGAUUGCCCUCAACACCAGAUGGUUUGCCGAGCCAUUCAUGUCAACACUAGCCGUAACGGACACCCAUUCCGAAAUGGUCUGCACCCUCGGCAAGCAGGAGUUUGUGUUUGCCAACGUCUACGUUGUCAUUCUACUCUUCCUUGCGCUAUUCAUCAACAGCAUCAACAGAAACAUCAAGAGGAACUAUAAGGAGACCAAAUGGCUUUUCGUUUCAUCAGUGCUCUGCACACUUAUAUGGCUCUGUUGGAUAGUGGCGUACCUGAUUGUACCAAACGAGAUUAAGGAGACCAAAUGGCUUUUCGUUUCAUCAGUGCUCUGCACACUUAUAUGGCUCUGUUGGAUAGUGGCGUACCUGAUUGUACCAAACGAGAUUAAGGAAACGGUGGUUGUGGCCGAGUUGAUCUGUUGUGCGUCAAUCCUCCUUGGCCUCUUGUUUGGACCAAAGAUCUACAUCCUAUUGUCAUACGAGCCAGUAGUUGUUGAAUACAAAGAGACUCAGGCUGACAACAACAUGGCGCUCUUUGAGAAAGAUGACGAUCUGCCAUCAGUACGGGCCGUUUCACCAGCCAGCAGUAGCGGAUCGUCCUCACGUACCACCAUGUCAGCCCACAGCGUGCAAGCACUUACCGGGAAUCCUCAUGACCAAGAGUCACCGGUCUUCCACACAGUCAUGAGGAAAAAGACUAAACUUCGUCGAGCACAUAGCGGACACGAAAUGCAGGUCCGAGCACAUCCAGACGUAGCCGUCGUUCAUACUCAGUCAUCAAGGCGUACUCCACCUCCCGGUUUGAAGAGACCUACGAUCAUCCAUUAA